AUGUUCGCAGGCGUCGACAUUGGCGGACUAAGUGUCAAAGUGGGCCUCGUGGCCGCCAAUGGGUCCGUCGUCGCGCGCCGCCAGCAGAAGUACGAGUCGACCCGACCCAACCCGCAGGACGUCGUGGAUCUCGCGGUCGCUCUGCUGCACAAAGUGCUCGAGACGAAUUGUGUACCUUUACAAGACGUCGAGGCCGUUGGUGUGGGCUGCCCUGGCGUGCUGAGGGCGGAAGGGGUUAUCCGUGCAGCUGCCAACUUCCCGUCCUGGUCGGAUGUCCCGCUGCAGCAAUUGUUUACCGAAACACUUGGGACACCGGUCACGGUCUGCAACGACGCGGACGCCGCGAUUCUGGCGGAACAGUGGGUCGGUGCGGCCAAGGGCGGGAUCAAGAACUUUAUCAUGCUUACGCUUGGUACGGGUGUUGGCUUUGGUGUCGUCGCGAACGGUCAACUGGUACGAGGUGGCAGCAAUGCCAUUGAAGGGGGACACAUGAUCGUCGAACGCAAUGGAAGACGGUGUGGGUGCUCUCAGCGUGGAUGCCUCGAAGCCUACAGCUCGGCAAGUGCUUUGAUAUCGCAAGUCCAAGAACACUUGCGUGCCGGUAGAGUCUCGAGUCUGUCAAGGUAUCCUGAAGAAGAUAUACACGCUGAACUCGUGUUUCUACAUGCCGCCCAAGGCGACGAAAUGUGCAAGCAUCUCAUCGAUGAAGCUGCAGACUAUUUGGGUUUUGCCUGCGUUACGUUCUGUCGAAUGCUCGAUCCGGAGGUCAUCGUGCUGUCUGGAGGAAUCGCCGAAGCCGGUGAAACCUACAUCAAUCAGAUUCGUCAGGCUUAUGCGGGGCACAGCUGGACAAAGUUCGCGAAUCCCGUUAGGAUCGAGAAGGCGAGCGCAGGGUAUGACUCUGGCAUCAUAGGUGCUGUCGCAGUUUGCAGGAACCAACGCAUAGGGUGA